AUGAGAUUAGCUAUUGAUACAGCACAAAGACUUUUAGUUGGUGCACCAAUUUAUGAUGGCCAUAAGGUUGAAAAUGUAACAAAGCCUGGAGAAGUCUUUAGAUGUCCAUAUACAACUCUUUCAGAGGAUUGUGUGUCCUUAAAUCUAGAUAAUACAGGUAAUAGUCCAUUAGAGAACAAAACUGACCAAUGGCUGGGGGUGAACGUCCGCAGUGAGGGGCCAGAAGGACGAGUUGUGGUGUGUGCUCAUAGGUACCGUAUAGCGCAACCAGGAGGUGGCAUUAAGUGGGGCCUAGGCAAGUGCUACAUAAUCAAUCAGAACGUUUAUGAUCUAAGCUUUGUUGAGUCUCGGGAUCCUAAGGGCAAAGAGUGGAUCCCCUGCUACACUGAACAAAUGGAUUUGGAUUGGUAUGGAUAUUGCCAGGCAGGAACAGGCCUUGGCUUGAAUACAAUUGAUAGUAUGCUUCCCACGGGUGGAGAUUUGGAAGUACUAAUUGGAGCUCCAGGAUCUGUUUACUUUACUGGAACUACAUUCAAAAUUACCAGUUUAGAGGAGGGUAAUUUCCCUGAAAUCAUCAGAAGUUCUUAUACAGAUUCCAAAGUCGCAGAUACAACUGCAAGUUAUAGUGGGUUUUCUAUCUCUGUUGGGAAACUCAAUGCUCAAGUAGCUGGAAGAGAUGCAGAAUUUGUAGUAUCAGGAGCACCAAGAUGGAAUGGCACUGGUGGUGUACUCGUAUUGAAGUAUGACGUUAACUCUAACUAUCUAAAGAUUCAUCAGGGAUUAUUGGGUGUCAGCUUAACCGAAUCUUUUGGCUACGAAACAGUUGUCAUUGAUAUAAAUGGAGAUGGCUUUGAUGAUAUAGUUGUUGGAGCGCCCAUGCAUUAUGAUCGGAAGGAUUUAAUUGGUGGACGAAUAUACAUAUUCCUGAACAGUGGAUCGGAUGAAACAUACUUCGGGAAAGCAGCGUACGGCAAAUACGAUCAGAUUAUUAAUGGUCCAUUGGAUUCUAUGUUUGGAUUGGCUUUGGCCAAUCUUGGAGACAUGAAUGGUGACAAAGCACAAGAAUUAGUUGUAGGAGCUCCAUUUGAAAAUAAGGGCGAAGGAGCAGUGUACAUAUAUAUGGGUAGGGAAGAAGGAAAGAUAGGAAAACCGAUACAGAAAAUCACCCCUCAGACCCUAAAUACAGACUUGAAAGGAGUGCAGCUUCCAAACAUGACAUUUGGCUAUUCACUCUCUGCUGGUAUGGAUAUGGAUGAGAAUGAGUUUCCUGACCUUUUGAUUGGUGCAUUUGAAUCUGAUUCAGUCAUUUUGGUGAGAUCGAGACCUAUUAUAAAGCCAGAGUUUGAAAUCAUUACUAAACCUGAAAAUCUAACAGCACAAAGCCUCGAUUGUCCUGUACAAGGCAUUGACAAACAAUGUAUAACAAUAAAAAUUGAUAUUACUUACUACUGUGCGGCAUUGUACGAAGAUAUUCUCACACUGAACUUGAUUCUUGAAGCAGAUGUUACACGAUUGGAAAAUGAUUUGCCCCCACGAGUUGCGUUUAAAAAAACUAAAGAAGAUGGCCAACCAUCAUACAUGCUAACGACUAAUGUUGAAAUUCACCAACAAGAGUCAUAUGUUUCAACUGGUGAAUAUAUUUUAGUAUUUGAGAAACCACCAACAGACAUCUAUUCUUCUGUUGUUAUCCGUGUGUCAGUAAGCCUGCCGGAGGUCAAUGCUACAAUGCCGGAACCAGGGGAAGAUGUGCCUUCUGUAAAUCCCUUUCCAAUCCUGGAUCCUAAUGCUGCAGCCACAAAAUUAGCCGUGAUUAAUUUUACCAAAAGAUGUGAUCAAGAUGAUGGUAAAUGCGAGACUGAUUUGCGAGUUAAUGCAUCUUUGGAAUUACCUAAAGGUUCCGAUGGAAUACCAGUUUUUACGCACGGCAUUCAUUCGUCAAUCAAACUGAAGCUAAAUGUCGAAAACCUUGGGGAGGAUGCGUACGAUGCUAAAGUUAUGAUAGAAGUAUCCGAUGUGCUGAUGUUCGAUGGGGACUCAUCAUCCCUUUGCGAACAAGAUCCAGAAAACCCCUCCCGAGCAGUAUGUAAACUUGGAAAUCCAUUUGAGGAGAGAGAUCAGAAAAUGACUACAAUAACUUUAACGAAAGGAGAGAUUAAUGCUAAUCAAGGAUUUCUUGAUUUCAAUAUCACGGCUACUACCACAACAAAUGAAACAAAACCUGCUGAUAACAGCUUGUUUUUAACAGCAAGAGUGGAAAGCUUAACAGAUCUUAUAUUGGAUGCGAUACCUGACAAGCCACAGUAUGAGGUUGGAGGUCAGGUCAGAGGUGAAUGUGCAAUGGAAAAUUUGGAAAUGAUAGGAAGCCUUGUACAACAGAAUUGGACGAUACAUAAUGACGGACCCGGAAUAGUCCCUCAAAUGUUAGUCACUAUCAGCUUUCCUUAUGAGACCUUAUCGGGCAAGUGGUUGCUGUACUUAACAGAAAAGCCCAUUCUAAGCGGGGGAUCUUCAAGUUACUGUGUUUUGCCUGACAAUUCUGUUGAUGUUCUAAAUCUGACAUAUCCAAGAGGCAAAGAUGAAAAUGGACAGGUAAAAACAUGCUUCCCAAGAAGUCGUCGCAACCGACGAGAGGUUGAGGCUUUCCCAACACCACAAGCACAGUCUAAAGAAAAGAUAAAACUGGAUUGCAAAUCUAAUACUGCUAAUUGCUUUUUAAUUAAAUGUUACUUCAAUCAAGUCCAAAAUGGUGAUACAUGUAGGAUUGUCAUCAAUUCACGGCUAUGGAAUAGUACCUUUCUGGAGGAUUAUAUAGAUCAACAAGAUAUAGAUGUAAUAGUGCGGGGAGGAGUGGAAAUAAGCAAUGGUUCUUAUAUAAAACAAAUAGACACAAAAAAUGAUUAUUAUCCGUUGACUAUUAACGUAGUUAGAGAUUUCUCAUCUGUUAUCACCCCACCCCCUAUAAAAUGGUGGAUCAUACUUCUAGCUGUGAUUGGUGGCCUGCUGGUUCUUAUUUUAAUUGUUCUCUGCUUGUGGAAGGUUGGAUUUUUUGAAAGACACGGCAAUUCACCAUGUGGAUUUUUUGAAAGGAAAACCAUGAACUAUCAGUAUGCCACGGUUGAACAAAAGUCUUCUGGUCGUAAAGGAAAGAAGGAUAAAACAUAUAUGGCCGAUGAUGUUCAUUAUACUGGUGUGGGUGGGUAUGAGUAAUGACCAAGCAAAUAAGGAAAAUCCACUUUCUAUUGGUACUUGACAAUGCAAUGCAAUCUGUCAAUUUUCUGGGAAUUGUCAGUAUUAGUACCAAUUGAUUACAUUCUCUACGGAAUUGCUUCGGGUGACAGUUGUGGGCACAGUGUGUGCUGACUUUCUGUUUACAUGCCACGGCAGUGCCUUAGACUUUCAGCUAGAUGAAUUGUGAUCCUGGCUCUGGCUGUCUCAUAGAAACCCUGAAAAAGUGUAAACUUAAUCAGUGUGUAAAAUCAAUUAGAUUUAUACGAGUUCAAAAAUCGUCCCCAUUAUCUUGUCAUUAGCUGAAAUGUAAAGUGUAUGAGAAAUUUGAAGUUAGCCAAAGAUAAGAUUUGUUUUAUAAAUUAA